AUGACAAGCGUUGGUUCAGGUUACGAUCUCUCAGUGUCUACAUAUUCACCAGAUGGAAAGAUCUUUCAGAUUGACUAUGCCAACAAGGCAGUAGAGAACAGUGGCACUGUUGUUGCUGUUCGUGCAAAGGAUGGAGUGGUCAUUGGUGUCGAGAAGUUGAUCCCAUCAAAGAUGCUCGAGUCAUCCUCAAACAGAAGAAUCCAUUCAGUUGAUCUACAUAUUGGACUUGGUAUUGCAGGUUUCUUGGCUGAUGCCAGACAACUGGUAUUGAGAGCACGUACAGAGGCAAAGGAGUAUAAGAAGGUCUAUGGACAACCAAUCCCAAUCAAGGUUCUCGCUCAACGUCUUGCCUCAAACAACCAUAUGUAUACAUUGUACUCGAGUAUUAGACCAUUUGGAUGCUCUAUAUGUUUGGUUGGCAUUGACAACAAUGGUCCACAGCUCUACUUGAUCGAGCCAUCAGGCUCAUGCGUCGGAUACUAUGGUACAUCAAUGGGCAAGGGUAGACAAGCAGCAAAGAACGAGUUGGAGAAGAUCAAGUUCUCUGAGCUCACCUGUCGCGAGGCCAUCAAGGUUGUGUCCAAAAUUAUAUACUCUGUACAUGAUGAGGUGAAGGAUAAGGACUUUGAGCUGGAAUUGAGUUGGAUCACAGACGAGAACAAGGUUCAUCAAAUGGUGCCAAAGGACCUCAAGGACGAGGCAGAGGCCUAUGCCAAGCAAGCUUUGGAAGAGGCAAACAUGUAA